GAAUGCUAGGAAGUAGAAGAGUUCGUUCACACGAAUCAUCACUUACUAAUUUAGAUGCUUAUAAUCCUAAUUCCCCAGUUAGAAUUCAAUAACAUAUAAAUCAUCAUCAAUUUAAAACUUAAAGAUGUUAGAUUCAACAUCAAAUUAACCAAAAAAAGUUUUGUCCAUUUUUUCAUGACGAAACUGAUCGGAGAAGAGAUCUUAAAUAUUAUUCUUAUAAGUAAAUAAAAUCUUAAAUAUUUAUUUUCAGAUGUUAAUUAUGCCCGCAAGCUGAUAAUUGUCCCUAAGGUGAUGAAUGUCAAUUUGCUCAUAAUAAAGUAGAGCAAGUAUAUCAUCCAAAUAGAUACAAGACUAAAUAUUGUACUCACAUAAAGGAUUGUGAUUAUGGAUUCUAUUGUUCAUUUGCUCAUAAUGAUUAAGAAUUAAUAAUUCCUGUUAAAUUAGAUGGUAUGGUUCAAGACAAAAAUUUCUGGAUGUAUUAAUACAAAACUGUUUGGUGUCCACUUACAAUCAAGUAAGAUUUUAAUCUUAAAUAAUAUUCUUAGUCAUGAUAGAGCAUCAUGUGUUUAUGCUCAUAAUGCUUAAGAUUUUAGAAGAGAUCCAAAGAAAUUAUAACCAAAAGAAUGUCCUCAUUGGAAUAAAACUAAUUAGAUAUUGAAUUAUGAUAAAGGAGGAUGUCCAGAUUAAGAAGAAUGUUAAUAUUGUCAUGGUUGGAAAGAAUUCGAAUAUCAUCCAUUAAUCUAUAAAACUAAACCAUGUACUUAAACCAAUUGCAAUAAGAAGUUAGCUGAAUGUGCAUUCUAUCAUUCAGAUUAAGAGAAAAGGUACAAUUUUCAGUUAAAUUUUAUAAGGAUUCGUAAAUAAUUAGCAGAUAAUUAAUGGGUAAUGGAAGAACCUAAUAUACAUGUUGAAGCUAAAAGAUAACCAUAUAAACCUACAUCAAAUUAUCUAGGUCCUAUUAUCCCUAAUUACAUUCCUUAAGAUUAUAUGAGUAAAGAGAAAAUGGAAAUUGGAUAACCAUUUUGUUAAUAAUCUAUAACGAAUACAAAAACAUCUGAUUCUAAUUCAAGAAGAGGAUCUGAUUUUUCAGAUGGCUCAAAAAUGAAUAAAAAAAAGCAUAAUAUACAAUAACAGUUUUAACCUUAGAAAAAACAUCGAACAGCCCCAACUACUCCAGAUUAAAAAUAAUUACAUAUUAUGGGCAAUAAUUAUACUAUAAAAGCUUAAUAAAAUGUUUAAAGUAAUUCCCAUCUUUCUUAUUCAAAAAAACUUUAUGAAGAAAUACUUAAAUUAAAUGAAGUAAAUUAUAUAUAUAUAUAUUAAUUUUAGGGAGAGUGUAUUUAUAAAAUCUUAUAAGGAUUUAAAAUAUCUGAAUAAAUGUUGAUGUAAAUGGGAGAUUAAUAAAUUAAAUAACUUAAUCUAAGUGAAUAAUAAAUUAUUUAACUUACAUCAGCCUUAGCAGCAAUUAAAAUAGAGAAAAAAUAUGAUGAACACUGUGGUGAUGAACUUCUUAGUUUGAUAUCAAACUAAGGCAAAUUUUGAAA